AUGGCGCGGACACGGGGUGGUCGAUCAUCGAGUCAUUCAGGGACUCCCGUUGUCCGCGAUUUGAGGGAGGAUCGUCCUGGGCCGGAUGAUCGUUCCAUUCUAUACAUGCAAGCAAACCACCGGUCAGAGGAUGUGUGGCGGAGACAGGAUACAGGAGUGCCAAUAAGAUUUAGGCAGCAUGUGUUUUGGAGCUUGGAUGCACGCGUUAGACACUAUGUGAUCCAGGCUGGUUUCUAUGGUAUCACACAAAUAGGUAAUAUAAAACUUGAUAAUGGCCUCUUAACUGCGUUAGUCGAGCGAUGGAGGCGUGAAACCCACACCUUCCACUUCCGUGUUGGGGAGAUGACGAUAACACUGGAGGACGUUGCUAUAUUAUUGGGCCUUAGGGUUGAUGGACCAGCUGUGACUGGUACUGGGAUAUAUGAUUGGGAUGAUGUGAUGUUGCGAUUACUAGGUAGGGUCGCACUGAGUACGGAGAGGGAGGGGGCAUCUUUAUCGUUGUCAUGGUUAGUUCUGCAUUUUGGUGAAAAUAAUCCUCCAAUUGAUGAUGCCCCUGAGGAGGUCUUGCAACAAUAUGCUAGGGCUUACAUAUUAGCCAUGUUUGGGAGCAUUCUUUUCCCGGCCACGACGGGUGAUAGCAUACCCCUCAUUUUCCUACCUCUCCUAGCAGAUCUUCGGCAGACCUCAAUGUAUAGCUGGGGAGGAGCAGUAUUGGCUUGUUUAUAUCGAAACCUAUGUCGAGGAUGUAUGGGCAGUGCUCGUACGAUAGGAGGUUGUGGCCUAUUACUUCAGUUAUGGUCAUGGGAGAGGUUACAUGUAUGUCGACCAGGAAUGCGUACAUUGGAUCCACCCGCAGGACUUCCAGACGAGCCGCCUCGUCCACUUGGUGCCAGUUGGCGGGGAAAUCGGACUUAUAGAAGAUCUCCAAGGCAAGUCCUUAUCUUUGCUAGAGAUGAGUUGGAUCAACAAGAACCUCAUUAG